AUGUAUACAUGAGCUAAAACAUUUAAAAUUGAAAAUAUUUCCUGAAAUUAUGAAUAAUCUUUUAAAAGAGACAAAUUGAUUAAUUGGUGACAAGGAGUAAAAAUGAAUUCUUAAUUCCUCUUCUCUCUGGGGGCUGAAAUAGGCAGUGGUACUCAAACGGAUGGCAACACACAAGAGUCCCUUGCAGACCAUGAUCUUUUGCAGGAACACAGAAAUGUCUGAGUGAUACAACGGAAAAUUAUUUUCUAUGCAGAAGUGCCAAAUGUUGGUCUUCCCAGCCUAUCAGUGGUCGCUUCGUUCUCUGCAUUUUCAGGUUUCACUGCGGGAAGCAGGGUACGUCCACACCACUACCAGAGUUCACCAGGAAUGUGGGGCAGCCUGUACCCACGAGGCAUGGAGGGCCAAAUCCGUGUUGGCCUGCUCUUCGGAGAGCAGCAUGGUGCUGUGUGGACCGCACCAUUCCUGACAAACAGCUCCAGGGGCGCUGUGAGACCGAGGGCCCCUUGGGCCAGGCGCGUGCUCCAUGUGCUCUGGGAGGACGGGCUCGCCCGACUCCCUUCAGGAGCUGUGGCAGCCUGUCAAGGGGUCUGUCUGCAGCCAGGAGGACGCUCAAUGGCUUCGGACACACAGAGGUCCACAGGGACGGACUUGGCUCCCUCAGGCCAAGAGAGGAAGGUUCCGGCAGCCUCCCCAUGGGCCUUCCUCAGAUUCUCCAGUGGGCAGGUGGCCUCCUCCGGGGCCAUCCUUGGGCUCUCCGGCAGGCAGCCUCAGCACGGGCCUUCCUCAGGCUCUCCGGUGGGCAGGCAGCCUCGUCCGGGCCUUCCUCGGGCUCUCCUGAGGGCGGCCUCCUCCUCCUCCUGCCAGGCCUUCCUCGGGCUCACCCACGGGCAGGCGGCCUCCUCCUGGGCCUUCCUUGGGCUCUCCCGCAGGCGGCCUCCUCCUCCUCCUGCCGGGCCUUCCUCGGGCUCUCUGGUGGGCAGGCGGCCUCCUCCUGGGCCUUCCUUGGGCUCUCCCGCAGGCGGCCUCCUCCUCCUCCUGCCAGGCCUUCCUCGGGCUCUCUGGUGGGCAGGCGGCCUCCUCCUGGGCCUUCCUUGGGCUCUCCCGCAGGCAGCCUCCUCCUCCUCCUGCCGGGCCUUCCUCGGGCUCACCCAUGGGCAGGUGGCCUCGUCCGGGCCUUCCUCGGGCUCUCCCGUGGGCGGCCUCCCUCGGGCUCACCCGUGGGCAGGUGGCCUCAUCCGGGCCUUCCUCGGGCUCUCCCGCGGGCGGCCUCCUCCUCCUCCUGCUGGGCCUUCCUCGGGCUCACCCAUGGGCAGGCGGCCUCGUCCGGGCCUGCCUUGGGCUCUCCCGCGGGCAGCCUCCUCCCGGGCCUUGUGGACUCUGGGAAGGCGGUGCCGUGGAUGUGGGAGGCAGUGGCCUCGAACAGCCCAGGUGCAGCCCCCACCCCGACAUCGCGGGGUCCAUACAGACCACAGGGUCCAGGGGCAGCGGCUGUCUGUCCUCCGGGUCCGGCGUCGCACGAGGGCACAGGCAGCCCCCCGAAGGCUGGCGGUGCGGGAGGCGCGAGGGUCCUGAGUUGGGCUCACCACAGGACGCCAUGUCUCCGGCCCGCUGGCCAGGUCACCCUCGUCCCGCCCGGUUGGAGUCCAGCGGCCGCCGUGAGGAGGUAUCUCUGCCCUCGGAGCUCGCAGUCAGCACAGGGCGACGUGCGGCCGGGCCGCAUGCGACCCACGGGCAGCGGCACUCGGCCCCUGCUGGCCCGCCGAACUCCCGACAGUCUCCGGGGCAGGCUGGCAAGCACAGGGAGACGCCCCGCCUCCGGCUCCGCACAGAGUCGCCGCGCUCCGCGCCGGAGACGAGGCCCAAGGCGGACCUCCCGCGCGCCGCAGCCCGAGGGCGGGGCCUCCGCAGCAGCCCGCCAGGGGCCGUGGGCGGGGCCUGCGCGCGCCCGAGCGCUGCGGCGUCAGCCUGUGGCGGCCGCGGCUUGGCCCAGCUCCUGCCCGGCCCCUGCUCGCUACCGUCUUCCCAGUCUUCAGCGUCUUCAGCGCGUUCCUGCGGCUUCGGCUGCCGCCCAGCCCUGUCCCGCCGCCGCCUUUUCGGACGUCUCGGCCCAUGGCGGACCCGGCCGGGUCCCAAGGUGCACGAGGCGCGCAGGCGACUUCCCGGGCAGCGCCCGAGGCCCCGCCUCUCCCAGGGGCGGGCGUCUGGCGCGCGGGUGCUGCGCAGGCGCAGUGCGGAGCCUCGCGGCCCCGAGUAGCUCGCGCGGCGCCCUCAGGGCCGGCGUCGAGGGUGGCGGCGGCGUGGCUGUGCCCGGAGGCCCGCCUGGUCUUUCCCGUUUUAGGAUUGAUUCGGCAGUCGCUCCACAAGUUCCCACGGCCCUGCCACUGGCUUCUGGCCACACCCUCCCUCCGGCCACCGCCCUCCGGACCGUGGCUGCGCCUGACCCUGCGGGGAGGCCCUCGGAUGCUUGUCUCGGCCCUCUGCCCUCCUCUCCUUUUCCCGCUGAAGAAUGUGGAGGCUCCCCGUGAUGUAGCUGACUCUCCAGCUCCGUGCUUCUGUUGCCAGCUUUCACCCUGAGCUCUGUCCCCAGCUCCCUCACCAUCAUGGCCGUCUCCCCUGUCUCAGCUCCGAACCCCCAGUCCCACACCGAAAACCAGCGCUGCGGGAUCCAGCGUCUUCAGUUUCAAGUCCGCCUUGGUCACCUCCUACGUGACACUGGCAAGUGGGAAUUCCCGUGCCUGCUUCCUAGGGUUGUUUUAAACAAUGUACAACUUGUGGUGUUCACUUAGGUACACACUAGGCAGUAAAGAUUAGCUUCAUGCCUACCUCAAAUGACUUUCCGAAUUCUCUGUUUCUUUCAGUGACAUGGAUAUUUUUCCGACAACACCAGGCUCAAACUUAUUUGUGGGCCCCCCCACAUUCCUUGGAACAUCUGCUCCACUAACAAGUGCUUGCUUUGACAUACAGCCCACACGUGGGUUUCCUGCCUCCCUCCUUCCACACGUGGGUCUCCCCUGU